AUGGCCACAUCCUUUUGGUUUCUUUUGGCAUUCCUGGCGUCCUUGUGCCUUCUUAUGGAUGGUCAUCUCUUCUGCGACGCUGAUCCCACUGAUGGUUUCACUGCUGUUCAACUAACAGAACAUAAUUUUGAGAUCCAGAAGCCAUACAAUAUCCCUCUAGAUGACCGUUACGGCUAUAACAAUGGAGUUCAUAGGAUGUGGGUAUGUUCGACCGACAAGCCGCUUCGAGCUGAUAGCACUACCAAGCCUCGAACCGAGAUUCGAAUUCGGGGCUAUGACUACUCAUCUGGGGUGUGGCAAUUUGAAGGAUAUGGUUUUGUUCCAAAUGGCACCACCGGCACAUCGAUCAUGCAGAUACACCGAUUAGAUGGUCCAGCUACUGUAUUGAUGCUGAAAGUCUAUGAUGAUCAGCUUAAAUUCUACUCACAGAAAUUGGUGGAGUCCAACAUCUACAAUAGAUGGAUGAGGGUAAAUGUGAUACAUGAUGUGGAUGCUAAUAAGCUAACGGUCUUCAUCGAUGGUGUUCAGAAGCUGGAGGUGGAAGGCAAUGGGCACAGCACAUUUGAUUUCAAGUCUGGAGUUUAUACCCAGACUAGAGUUCAAAUUGAUCCUAGUAACUGGAUGCAAUCAAAUGGAGUUUAUAUUAGAGUCCCUAAGAAACUUGAGUGA